AUGUCACCAGAAGAUUCCUACCCAUACUACUACAACCUUGCAGACCAACAGCAUCAGGAACACUUAUCCAGAGCAGAUAUUGAUGCCUUUUUGUAUGCCAUGGAACGAUUCCCUUCCCUCUAUCACCAUUUCCCCUAUGGCUUCGUGUAUCCUCUCCCAGCGCACAAGGUUUUCGUUACAAAUACCGAUUUCUUGUGGGAUCCCAAGGAGUUUUCUGUGACACCUGAGCUCAUCACCAGGCGUGGUUUCUGUUCCGCUCUGCGCAUGCUUGCCAAGCAUGAAAAGCACAAGGUCUUUGAGUUCGUUGUCGAGGAUCAUGCUUAUACUGACGGGGUGGACAUCGAUAUUUUUGACCGGACGGGCUAUACUUACGCAGACGUCAUUUCUCUCAUCCAGAGGCCCGGCUUUUCCAGGCUGGAUCUGCCUAUUUGCGCGGCAAUGGUUUCACCUUCUGAGCGUUCUGGCCUCCCUGACAAACCCCUUGAUUAUCUUCAUAAGACUCUCAAACAGGCGGAAAGUCUCAAGAGCUUGAACAUAUUUCACGGUGGCUUCAAUGAUGACAGGGGAAAUGGUAUUGAUCUACGCUUACCCCUACUUAUCAAGAGCCCAUUAGAACAACUUCGACACCUCACACUCCGAGGCAUCCAAAUAGCCAAGAAUGACUUGUUGACUCUCCUGGCUUCAUUACCCAAUCUUCGCUCUCUUGAGCUGCGGUUCUUUACGUUCUUGUGUCCCUACUCCUUCCCCCAAUUACUUCUCGAUAUGCGACAGAAGCUUGGUUGGUGUAAGAGACCCGUGGCGAUGAGACCAAAAGUCACGUUUGUCUGGAUUGGCCCAGGGACGAUAGAGGGCCAGAUCGUCAAGCAUAUUUCUUACGAUCUUGUGGACAUUGCUGAUGUGACUGAGCUAGAUGAGUUUGAGCCAGCGCAUGAGCCGCUAAAUUUUAACUGCAGAUUACAGCAGCAAGUCCGGACAACGGGAUGGGCAGGCUCUUUGCGAUGGGAUGGUGAACAAUGGCCCAUCUAG